ACACCUCGCGCACCCUUUUUCAUUACGAUGCUGCCUCUUAUUUGUUAGAAGAGUCGGCAAUGCAGAUCACUCAGCCAUGUAUAGUUGUGGGUACAGAUUGCUCUGGGAUGGAAGCACCGCUGCAAGCCCUGCACAACUUGGGCGUGAACGUGCGGCACAGCUUCAGCUCAGACAUCAAUGCACAUGUCCGCAAGACAAUUGAAGCGAAUUUCCGGCCAGAGAUCUUUUAUACUGAUUUGACUCAGCGAUGCAACGAGAACGCCCCAGCUGUGGACUUGUACGUUGCAGGCUUUCCUUGCCAGCCCUUCUCCCUCGCGGGCCUUAUGCAAGGUUUCCGAGAUCUGGAGGGGCGCGGACUCGUUUUCUUUUCCAUUAGGGAAUACAUUCGCCAAACGAGGCCCAAAGUCUUCAUAUUAGAGAACGUGGCCGGCCUCGUGAAGAUCAACGGGGGGGACUACUUCAAGGCGAUCAUCCAGUCGCUCGAGACAAUGGGAGGCUACGUCAUCCACCACCAGAUACUAGACACGAAGCUGCACGGGAUCCCACAGAGCCGGGGCCGCGUCUACAUCGUUGGCAUAUGCAGUGACAUUUUCGCCGCCGUCUACGACCACUCCCCGCUCUUCCCAGCGCCCAUCGCGUGCCCGAGCCUCGAGCUGCUCCUCGAGGCGCGCGACGCGCGGCAGGCGCACGCCCUGCCGCCCGCCUCGCAGACCACCGCCCGGGCCAACGUGGAGCAGACGCUCGAGGCGAUCCGGCGCGCGGGGAGGGACCCGUCCCCAGAGCGCGCGUCCGCUCCUCGACUGCGACUCCUCCAGCCACCGCGCCGCGCGGCUGCUGGGCGUCUCCCCCUGCAUCACGUGCGGGCGCGGCAGCGGUCAUUGGGUGACGAACCGGGGGCGGCGGCUCACCAAGGAGGAGAUGAUGCGGCUCCAGGGCAUGGACCCGACCAGGUUCAAGGUGGUCGUGUCGGCCUCGCAGCUCGGCCGGCAGCUCGGCAACACGAUGUCCGUGAACGUGCUGGAGCGCCUCCUCGCCCGCGUCCUGCCCGCGGCGGGCCUCACGGCGCGCGGGGUGCCCCUGCCAGACAGGUGGCACAGCGGCGCGGCCCUUCGGGAGCUCGCG